AUGAGGAGGCUGGUGGUUCUCGUUUUUGUGGUAGCUAGCGCCUACGGAUGUGGCCUUCCCACUGUCCCUCCUGUGCUGAGCAGGGUGGUGGCAGGAGAGGACGUCAGGCCUCACAGCUGGCCCUGGCAGAUCUCGCUCCAGUCAGACAGCAGUGGGCGCUGGAGGCACGUCUGUGGAGGCACCAUGCUCUCUUCUGACUGGGUCCUCACUGCUGCACACUGCAUCAAUGGCCACUAUAACUACAGAGUGGAGCUGGGUAAACACAGCCUGAAGACGAGCGAGGAGGGCUCGAUGGCUCGGGGGGCAGCCAAAAUCAUCACUCAUGAGGACUACAACACCAUGCUCAGCCGUAACGACAUCGCCCUGAUCAAGCUGUCUUCCCCUGUCACCGUCUCUGACACAAUCAUGGCCGCCUGCGUUCCAGACCGUGGCGUCGUCCUGCCUCACGGGGCUCCCUGCUAUGUCACCGGCUGGGGUCGACUCUCCACUAGCGGUCUUCCGGCUGACAUCCUGCAGCAGGCUCUCCUGCCAGUGGUUGGCCACGCUACCUGCUCACUGCCUGACUGGUGGAGCGUCCUGGCAACAGACAAGAUGGUCUGUGCCGGGGGUGACGGCAUCACUGCUGGCUGUAGUGGAGACUCUGGUGGCCCCCUUAAUUGCCAGAACCCUGAUGGCUCCUGGGAGGUCCACGGCGUGGUGAGCUUUGGUUCUGGUCAGGGCUGCAACGUCUCCCAGAAGCCAACUGUGUUCACACAAGUCAGCUCCUACAUCAACUGGAUCAACACAGUGAGAACAUUUUCAUUUUGCUAUGACCAACUACUGAAGAAGCUAUUCAAGUGCUUUUGUCAGCAGUAA